AUGACCAUAGUUGACAAGACGUCUGAGUCCUCAAAGCCUUCGGCUUCUGAGAAACAGCCUUUCAGCUCCGUGGCACCAGCUUCUGGAGAAAUGGACUCGGGCUCUGCAGGAUGGGGUGCUGUGUCUUCUUCUUUAGAAGCUCCAAAACACAAAAUAUCUUUGGGGCCAGUGCCAGGAGCUGCAGUGUACUCUAAUUCAUCAGUACCUGAUAAAUCCAAGCCCUCGGCUCAGAAGGAUCUGUGUAAGUAAAGCUGCUCUAUUAACAAAGAGAGAGAAAAGAAAACACACAGCGAAGCUUUUUUAUUUUGUUUAUGAAAUUCAUAUGCUCACCCAUCAAUAAACAUUCCUUGGUCUGAUUACAAACAAGUGAAAUAUACAAUGCACAUAAUUAAAACCAACACUAAGCAGUAAAGCAUAGCAACCAGAACACUUGGAUUUGCAAGGUACUUCCAUUGUCAGAAGCAGUAUACACCUGAAUACCAGUUGCUGGAAACUGCAGGAUGGCUAUUUCACUCAGGCUUCCCAGAAGAGGCAUCUGGUUGGCCAUUGUGAGAACAGGGUGUUGGACUAGAUGGGCCACUGGCAUGUUUUAGCAGUCUCUUCUUACGUUCUUAAGCCUAUUGUGCAACUCGUGCAACCUUAAGUUUUGAAAAUUUGUUCCACCUGUGGCAAGAGCCAAAGAAGAAAGCCAUAUUCUCCUAUUGCCGUAGUUAUGCCACAGUUACCUUGGUAACUAUAAACAAGGCACAGUUAGCAGUUGGGAUGAACCAUUAAGCACAUUAAAAAUGGUAUUGAUUAAGAAGAUGAUUAAGAAGAUUUUUAUGCGUCGUAAUAGUGUUUUUCAAUAUUCGUUUUUUUAAAAGCCUGAAACUGGCAAGCAUAAUAUUGAGAGGCAUUCUUUCCUGUGUAGGAAAGAAGAGGGUGCCUCUUCUAAGAAGCUGCCUGCUAAGAUACACAUGCACAUUCUAUAUAAACAGAGAAAAUGCUACUUUUCUUUUGUGGCGCUGGUGUGAAGUAGUGGUCAGAGUGUUGGACUAGGAGACCAGAGUUCAAAUCCCCAUUCAGCUGUAAAACUCUCUGGGAAACCUUGGAUCAGUCAGUCACUCUCGGCCUAGCCUACCUUACAGAGUUGUCAGGGUAAAAUGGGAAGGAAGAAAAUCAUGUACACCACCUUGAGCUCCUUGGAGGAAAGGUGGAAUAGAAAUGUUAAAAAAAGAGAAAAACCUGCGAUACGCAUGCCCAGUAUAUCAAUAGAACAAAAUACACUAUUAAUCACCUAAGAUUUUUCCAAUAGUUAACAUUUUUAACACUAAAAAGAUACAGCGUUCAGAUCAGGAAGGGAAUUAAAAUGGGUUUGUAUUUAUCUUUACUAUUGUAAAUUACUUAUUUAAAAGUGGUUCCACGCAUACCCUGGGCCACCUUUUAGCUGGAGCUUCCCAAACAUCAUUAUCCUUUGUUCUGAAUUUUAAAAUUCUAUCUUUGAGUAAUCAUUCUUUCAAAAUCUUAAAUCGCUUCAGUAUAUUUAAAAUGUGUCUUUGGUCUUUAGCCGCUGUUGGUGACGGCAUUACUGCCCCGCAGAAGGUCCUCUUUCCGGCAGAGAAGAUAUGCUUGAAAUGGCAAAAAACACACAGAGUUGGAGCCGGUCUCCAAAACCUUGGCAACACAUGCUUCCUCAACUCUGCACUGCAGUGUCUGACCUACACCCCACCUCUUGCCAACUACAUGCUUUCCCAUGAACACUCCAAAACCUGUGAGUAUAUUUUAACGUUUGUCACACUUUCUCGAAAAAUGUGGACAAUAUUCUAUGAUUCUAAAUAUGGCAGGCUUCUUAAGAACAUGGUCUGUUAACUUAAAAGCAGUAUAAGGCAGUUCCUAUGGAACCUAAGUUAGUCAUGUCCUUUAACUGCAGUAGAUCUACUCUGAGUAUACACCCCUGUGUUUUUACUAUCCUGAGCUGUAAGUGCUGCUCAAAUUAUAGAUAUGAAUGAAGGCAGGUGGGUGAGAACCAGCCUAUUUUUGUUAGGCCUCACACAUAGCAUAUAGAAUUGCUUUGCUUACUAUGCUCAGAAUUUGUUAGAUGUUGAGUGUGGUGUCUAUUGCUUGUUUUGGAGAUAAUUGCAUAUAAUAUGUGUCCUUUUAAAAAUUCAUCCCUUUUCCCCUUGGAUGUAAAUAAUUUUGCCCCUUGAAGCAAUUGCAAUGACUUAUCCUUGAGGCAAUGUUUUGUUUGACUGACUGCUUUUUGUGAGCUGCAAAAAGGUUUGUCCAAUUGUUUGUUUUAUAAUACAGGAUGGGUAUUUCUCCCCUGCCCCCCUUCCUUUUCAGGUCACGAACAGGGAUUUUGCAUGAUGUGCACCAUGCAAGGUCACAUCACCCAGGCGCUUUCAAACUCCGGCAAUGUCAUCAAGCCUAUGCCUGUCAUAAAUGAUCUUAGACGUAAGCGUUUAUCUUCUUUGACAUCUAGUAUGCUUUAAACUACAUAGCGUCUGCAUGACAUGUAAACCACAAACCCCACCACAGCAUAAAGCCAUAUAUUGUAGCCUACCAACUUUCCUAGUUUUGCCGUCUUAGGCAGGCAACAAAAACAGGAGGGAUGUUGUGCCCCUGAUGGGUUUGAGUUCAGUUUGGUAAGUUGCAGGUUGUGUAAGCCUGACUUUUAUAUCAGGGUGGGGGACUGUCAGCCCACAGACCAAAUUUGGCCCACCAGGCCAUUUCCCAAAACCAUGCCCACACCUGAUGUCAUAUGUGAUGUCAAAUGUGGGCUGGUAGAUACGUGGCUGGAUUGACAGCCCCACACAGCCAUUGCCUGGGGAAAGCAGGAUUGAACUCUGUGCAUCAGCUGACAUCAGAUGGGUGGUUCCACCCACCUGUUAAAGUUGACCUGCUGGGUGUGGGGAGGUAAAGAUCUGGUCUGCUGGGCCAAAACAUUUUGCCACCUCUGGUUUAUGUGAUAUAUUCAAUGUAACUUCUUUCUUUGCAUAUUAGGAAUAGCAAAGCAUUUCCGUUUUGGCAAUCAGGAAGAUGCACACGAAUUUCUACGGUACACCGUUGAUGCUAUGCAGAAAGCAUGUCUGAAUGGUAGCAACAAGUAAGUUGUAGCUGGAGUAGUACACCCCCACCCCCGGAACUAUUAUUGUGUUUGUGAAAUCUCUUUUGACCUAAAUUACCUACUUCUGUGAUUUGUUUUUAGAUUGGACAGACAUACCCAAGCUACCACAUUCAUUCAUCAAAUAUUUGGAGGAUACCUAAGAUCUAGAGGUAGGUUCCUAAAACACCAGGAUCUUAGCAUAUUGUUGACAAUCUGUCUUGUUUGAGUGCUGUUGAACUCUGGCUUCGAUCACUGUAUAUUAUUCUAAACUUCUUUUUUUCCGUUUCAGUAAAAUGUAUGAACUGCAAAGGAGUUUCAGAUACUUUUGAUCCAUACCUAGAUAUUACAUUGGAGAUAAAGGUAUGCCAGUUUGCAAAAAGAAAAAGCUUUGUUUAAAUCUCCAACAGCCAUGCAGUUUGGUUAGAUUAGGAAUGUGCUUUUCUACUCCAAAAUAUAAGAAAGCCCCCAAUGGGGUUAGUUCCAUUCCAUUCAGUAAAGCUGGGGGGGGGACUUUUUACAGCCCAGGGGGCACAUUCCUUCAUGUACAGCUUUCUGGGAGCCUCAUGCAAGUGAUGGGUUGGGACCAGAGGCAAAAAUUGGAUCAGGCAGCUAUGUGACACUUACCUUUUCCACAACAGAUUAUGUUGUAGCAGUAGUCAGCAGUUUCUGCCCACAGAGUUCUUCAUCCUCCAUCCAGGCAAGCAAGAAGCAUUGGGUUGUAGCCGGUGCUAGUCCUACUCAGAGCAGACCCAUUAAAAGUAAUGGACGUAGCCAGGAUUUUUGUUAGGGGGGCAAAACCUCAGAUUUGUAUUGAUUUAGGAGGAAGUUGCCCCCUUGCACCUCCCCCUUGGCUACACCCAUGGACACAGCUAACAGAUGGCUUAAUUUCUGCGGGUCUACUCUAAGUAGAGCUUAAUUGGAUACAACCCAUUAUCACAGCUCAAGAGCACAUUCCAGCCAGACAAAAGCACUUGAGGUGAGCACGUGAGAGUCCCGUGGGCCAGACUUAAAUACUUGGAGGGCCACAUUUGGCCCCAGGCCUGAGAGUCCCCAUCAUUCCCCACAAUGAAGGCUUGAGCAAGCCUGUACUGCAAAAACUGUCUUCAUCAUUGCAUGCAUGAAAAGUAAAUGUUUUCCUGUAACACGAGACCUACUUGAUUAGACCAAAAGGGCCAAGUAGUUUAGCAUCCUACUUCCCACAAUGACCAACCAGAUUGUUCCAGGAAAUCCACAAGCAUGGCAUGAAUGCAAGAAAGCAGCCUCUUGUUGCCUUCCCUGCCAGCAACUGGCAAUCGGGGGCAUCACCUCCCUCUCAACAUGGAGGGUUCCAUAUAGCUGUUGUAAUUAACAGACAUUGACAGGUCUUUCCUCUGCGUAUGUUAGUGGCCAUCAGCAUACCUUGUGGCCAUGAGUUCCAGCAUUCUCUCCCAUUUCCAGUGUUCUAGGGUGAGCUUUGCUUAUGAAGCAAAAAUGAAACCAUGCACACACAAGAUGGAGCUGUUUUGGGGGAACCCCAAGGUUUGGAGGAGUCCAAAAGUCUUGAAGGGGGGAGGAACUCAGAAAGGGCUCAGUGAGGACUGAGCAUGCUUAUUGGCUGUGGAAUGCUGACUGACUGUUGCGGGAGUGGAAACAGAAAACUGGGAGAAUGGACAGGAGCACUCUGCAGUUUUUUUGCAGGUCCCCUUGGAUAAUUUAAUUUUUUAUUGUUUGAAGAAGAAUUUUCUUCAAUAAGUACUUCGAGAAGUAUUUAGGUGGCAUGCCCCCUGCAAAAAUGGUUUUAUGCCGUCGUUUAAAACCACGGAAAUGAUUUUACAAUGUUUGUAGUUUGGGGGAUGAUAGAUAGAGAUGACUUUGGAGUGCCUAAUUCACUGAUUUAAAGCAUUUGGUAGUUGGAAGAUUCUGCCAUGAACUAGAGUUAACUUGGAAUAGUUUUAUUUUUAUUUGCGACGCUCACUUCAGUUCUCCUCUUCCUCUUUUUCUAGUCAGCUCAAAGUGUUAACAAAGCUCUGGAGCAGUUUGUCAAGCCAGAACAGCUGGAUGGUGAAAAUGCCUAUAAAUGUAGCAAGUAAGAAGAAAUAAAUUUAACGUUUCUCUGUAAUAAAAUACCAAUUUGUCAUAUGAAUCUUACAUGGUUUUAAAAAAAAGUUUGGCUUUCAUUUAAUGUGCAACUGCAAGGCAAAAUGGCAUUUGCUAAAUUAUUUAUCACUGAUAUUUAGUGAUCUGUGGUGUAGCAAGCUUUAUUUUGACACUUGUUUGCGUAUUAAAAGCAAUCCAAAUUCAUUGAGGACAACUGGAAGUUGUAUUUUCUCCUCCCCAUUCUCAGAAACAAAUAAACGGGGCAUUAGAAGAGCAGCUAAAAAAUACUGUUCCUGGCAACCCUGAAACCAUUGGAGGAGAAAAUAUCUUAAACUGUUUUUCAUAAAGCUUUUUAAAAUGUUUCCAGAAUUUAUGUCGUUGCUGCCCUGGGCUCCUUUGGGGGUAAGGGUGGGAUAUAAGUUGAAUGAAUGAAAAAUAAGAGCAGCACUGGCUCCAGGUUUUCAGAAGUCCGUGGGUCUUCCUGCUGUUGUUUGGAGGCAUUGCUGGUCCUCUGCAUCACGGUUGGUUGCAAGACAGGGCUAAUGAAUAAGCAAACAGUGGCACCUUUCCUUCUCGCCACUGUUGUUUCCUUGCUUGUCCCCUCUGGCCCACAGCAGGUGACAAGCAGCUGGCAGUGAAGAAGAGGAUAGGAGCCCGGGGUUUUUCGUCAGUGGGCCCCUGCUGUGGUAUGGGCCCCCUGUCAAGAGUCCAGCCAUGCUGACCUUUGACAUUGGCCUGGAUCAAAGGGCAUGUGGGAGGCAGGAAAUGGCAGGGGCAUUUUCUUUUCUCUUUGCCCCAACCUUCUUGAAUCUGCUGUUGUGAAUGGACAUAAUUUAUUUAUGAAAAUCUGAGCCUGCAUAUAUGAGUUCAAAUAGGGCAGGCAGUUGUUUGAACUUAGGGAAAUGGGAUAACACCAAAUGAAAAUAGCCUCGAAAGCUGAACUGGAUGUCUUCUGCUUAUGUUUUAGGUGUAAAAAAAUGGUUCCUGCAUCAAAGAGGUUUACAAUACAUCGGGCUUCAAACGUACUCACCUUGUCCUUGAAACGGUUCGCAAAUUUCAGUGGUGGCAAAAUUACAAAGGUAACACAGUGCUACAACUGGAUUGGAUUUUAUAGCCCCAGAUAUAAAUAUUGACGCAUGUUAAAAUGCAAUUCUGCAGCCUGGAAGCAAAUAUUGUGAAGAACGAUAUAAAAAUGGUUUUAUAUUCUACUAAUUAUGAUAUAGUACAGGAACAGCAAAGUAUAGGUUUAAAAGCAACACAGAAUGUACAUAUAGGUGUACAUCUUUUCGUCCAAGUUUCUAGAAACAAAAGUUGCCUUCAGCAAAGAUAGUGGACACCUGUUGUAUCCUGCCAGGAAUAUCUCCACAGAACAGAGGGGGCCACCUUAGAAGCCCAGCUCCAACCUGCUACAGAUCAGGCUUCUGAUACCUUGGGAGCUUGAAAGAGAAACUGUCCUGCAGAACACAGUGAACUACUAGGUAUAAAAGAGAUAAGGCAGUUUCCCAAGUAACUUGGUCCUGAGAUGUAUAGGGCUUUUUUUCAUACCAAAACCUUGUUCUGCUGAAUUGAGAAAAAUGCAAGUGUUUUCCCCCCUUUCAUUUCUGUUUAGGAGGUGAAAUACCCUGAGUAUUUGGACAUUCGGCCAUAUAUGUCCCAGCCAAAUGGAGAGCCAAUUAUUUAUGCAUUGUAUGCAGUUUUGGUACAUACUGGUUUCAGCUGUCAUGCAGGACAUUACUACUGCUAUAUAAAGGUAAAUAUUAUUUAUAAGAGUCACGAUACAAGAGGAAAAAGGAAUGGGGAGGGAAGAGGAAUCAACUGUCCGCCACUGGUUACAUAAAACUAUGUAAUGUGGAAUUGUCACUGCAGGAGAGAAUUCUGGGAGGGGAGGCACCAACUAGCAGUGGAGGGAACCUUGCAGUCACCUCCUCCCUCAGAUUCAGCCUAGUGGAUUGGCUGCUGGUGGAAACAGUUCUGGGAAUGGAGGAACUAAACAGCAGCUGAUCCCAGUCCGGCUGACGGAGGGGGCUCCACUCUGUUGCCUCUCCCUUUAAUGCAGCCAGUUUUUUAAAAAUAAAUUUUUUCCACUUAAGGAUUUCUUUUCCUUUUCUUUGCACUGAAGUCUUUGUUCAGUGUGUUUGCAAGCAGGCACUUUUUGUGAUAUAUCCUCCUUUGGCCCCUUCCCGUAAAAAGGUUGUCCUUUAUCCCUCUUUUUUUUGUCCUUUUGAAAGAGGCCCAUUGUUGUUGCUUUCUAGAUGGGGCUUCUCUUCUGCACUACUGAGUCUUAGCACUACCCAAAAACCUCCCAUUAAUUUCACAGCACCAUAGAGUUGUAAAGGAGCAAAAGUCCAGCUAGUCCAACCCCCUGACCAAAAGACAAAGACAAGCCUACCUAUGCAAUCUGGAUCACAGUUUGCUGCAAAGGAAAGAAAGUGCUUGUGGAGCCGAGAGCUCCAGAGGACUCCCAGCAAGUAAGUGUGGAGGGACAAUGUGUUGGCGAUGGACUGUGAAGCCUUGGGUUCAAAUCUCCACUCAGCUGUGAGACACUUGCUGAUUGGCCCUGGGCAAUUUCCUCUUUCUUUCUUUCUUUCUUUCUUUCUUUCUUUCUUUCUUUCUUUCUUCCUUUCUUUCUCUCUUUCUCUGUUUUUGUUUUUGUUUCUCUCUCUCUCUCAGCCUCCCCAUUUGAAAUCCCGUAGAGCUGCUGCCACUCAGUGUAUACAGUACCAAGGUAGAUAGAUCAAGGCUUGGUAUACGGCAGCUUCCUAUUUUCCUAUGUACCUGCCUCAUAGACGUUGAAAGGAUAAAACGUGAUACCCCCGUGUAUACCUUUCCCAAUUCAUUUUCAGAAGAAUAAAAUCGGGGGCAGCCUUAGCAUUAGGUAGACCCAUGUCAGACCACCUAAGCCAGAAUUAAGGAGAUGGCAGUGAGGAGUUAGAGGGCAGAGCUGUAUCCCCUAAGCUAGUCUGCUGUCCUCAGGUUACUAUCCCAUUGCUAGUAAGAUUCAAUUGCCACUGUGGUCAGCUUUUGGUAUUUGGGGGGGGGCAUGUUUCAUCCUGUGCCUCAGCAGCAAAAUAUCUUGGGUGUAACACAAAGGUAACGCAUGCUAAGCUAGGUAGGGGAGGCAGAUAAAAGGAAGGACAUGUUCUCUUCCUACAGAGAUAUCUCAAUAGUCCUCUUGCAGCCCACAGCUCCAGAAUACUUUCAUGUUGUAAUUUUAGUUGUUUGCAUCUGUUUUAGCUGGGCUGUUAGGAGGUCAUUGCACCAGGUCAGAGUGCCAGGGAUGGUUUCAGCAACUAAAAAAUAUGUUGUCUUCCAUGUCAUUAGCAAGGCCCCUAGCAAAAGCAAAGGGCUGUUUUUCAAUGUAGUGGUUUUCACACUAUGUUUCAGGGAACUCUAGGGUUCCUUGGAAGUUUAUUAGGAGUUCUUGAAAGAGAAGCUCAGCAAACGGCAGACAACUAGGACAUACUUCCUUGAAAGACAGUUUGUCCACCACUAUUUCUUUUCUCUUGCAAUGUCCAACCACAAGUGUGUGCGGGGGUAUACUUUCUGUUCAUGCAAGACAACUGUGAAGCUCAGUAGGCCUGUGACUUAGAAUUCCACAUGAUCUCUGAAGCAGCUCUCAGAAACGUUUGUGAUGCAGCUCUGUGAAUCUGCCACCCUGAAAGAAGAGAGGGGUGGAAAUAAGUGCUGUGGGUUUUCUGGAUAUAUAUUUAUAUUUACUAAAAGUUUUCACACAAAUAUAACACGACAUUACAAACAGAGAGAAGACAACAGAAUUUCAGUAGAGUCGAGGUACUAAUACAAGAGUGCUGAUUAAUCUAUAAUGUUGAGGUCAUCAUACAAGCUCAGGGGCAAGUUGUUCACUAAACAGUUGAACAUGUGUUUGAGGUGGUGUCAAGUUGUUUUCUUUAGUAGGUAUGCAGGUUUUCUGGAAAUUUUUUGAGUUGGGAAAUCUUCCUGUGCAAACUACUGGCCAAUUUGAAUCAGAAAAUGUUCUGAUGCCCUAGAAUGUGACUUAAUUUAUCAUGCUUAUUUUACUUUUACUUAAUAAAAGGAAAUUUAAAUCGCUUUGACUGCGAUGCUUGCCUAGUAUUUAUUUGCAUUUAUUUUCCUAGUAUUUAUUUACAGUUGGCACCUGUUCAUUAUUAACAUUGAACUUAUGAAACAGAUUUUAUUUUUGGUGGAAAAAUGAAGCACUGGGGGGGGGGGGAAUUCCACCCUGCAUCUCUGUGAUGCCAGGAGGUUGUGAUUUGUGUUGCUCCCUAGUGCCACUACCAUCUUGUGUGUUUUUUCAGUGGGUUGUAUCCAUCUAAAAAAUUGUGUGUGUGUAGGAGAUGGGACUUCCCUAGUCUCCCUUCCUCCAGUCCCUCUGGAAAACAUUUAAGGGUGGUGUGCAGGGGGUAGACGGAGAGGAGAAGUUUUGCAGAAGUUGUUUUGUGUGCAGUGAUUUAGAUGUAUACAGCUCAGUGUAGGCAAGGCUCAAGUGGGCUAGAAGAUGCUGCAGGCAGGCUGGAGCCCAGUACUGGAUCUCUCCAAGAAAGGUUGAGGGCAAGCUGUCCCUUAGAGACCCAACAGCACUGGGAAGGUCAGGGUUUUGGAUCCCUGCAUUACCGGGCUGGGCUGGUAACAAACUGAGCCACAGGGGUGAAAGGCGUCUGGGUGAAAACAAGCAGACAUUCAAAGUAGACUGGUAAUGACUUUAGACACAUGUUGUCUGUCCUGAUAACAAACACAGCUUAUAUGUAUUCAGAUCACUUUGACCAUCAUGCUUUAGAAUACAUUUCUGUCUGCGCUGUUGGGGGUCAGCCUCAUCCUAGAACUUCAGAAGCAUCCUGCUGUGGCAGUACAAGGAGAACAAGGGGCGUAGGUAUUUUUGCACUCAACACCUGACUCUGGCAUGCCAGCAAAUCAAACGCUGCUCACGUGGCAUUCUUGUCUCCUCGCUUGCCUGCCUGUUGCUGCCAUCCCUGUCUCCAACUGGGAAACCCCGCUGCCAGACACCUGAGACAUGAAGGGAAAGCUGCACAACCUCUUCUGUCUCGGGCAGUCACCUGCUGGAGGUGGUAGGGGCAGCAGCAGCAGCAGUUGCAAGACUCUGCAUUCAGUUUGUCGGUGUGCCGUGUGCAGUUGGUGCGCAGACAUGGAGUUCACAGGGCAGUGAACAUUCUUCUGUAUCGGGUGGCAGAAGGGGGGUUUGGAGGUACUGGUAGAUCUCUGUGUGUUUGAUAGUAGGUCAGCAAAGGUCUCUUGACUAUCAGCAGCAGGCUUCCCCAGCCUAGUGCCGUACAGUUUGUUUUAAACUACCACGCCCAUCAGCCCCAACAAGCAUGGCCACUGGUCAGGCAUGAUUUAAAUUGUAGUCCAACAACAUCUAGAGGACAUCAGGUUGGAGAAGCCUGCCCAGUUAACAAAAGCGGGUAGAAAUGCACAUUUUAAAAAGUUUAUUUUUAAGCUUUUCUAUAAAAUAUAAAUUGUUUGCCGCUCUAGUUUUGUGUUGGGAUUCCUGAUUCAUAGUAACUCAAGUGUAGAUCGUGGUUUCAUGGAGUACACAGUGAUUCGGAUAGUUUGCUGUACUUUCAGCGCCACCGUUUUACAUCUGGUUCUACCACUGCAGCCUCCAGCCUCUAUUUCGCACCUGGCUCCAAUUUGUGGACCUUGAGAUUCUAGUGAAACAAGAAUACGAAGUCUGGCCACCACUGCUCUGUAAUUGAUUUUCAGCCUGAGCUGUAGCAUAAGGAAAUUUGACUGUUGUUGAAGCAAUACAAGGUUAAGGACUAAUUGUAAUUGGAUGGUGGCUGGGUGAAAAGGGCCCUGCUCAUUGUAACUGUGUAUAUAAUCCUAUUGCUUUCUCUCUGAGCAGGAAAGAGAAGCGGCUGUCUGUUGCUUGGAUACACAGGAAAAUCCUUGUGUUGUGUUCCUCUUAGCCCGUUCCUUGCCUUGAAGCUGGUUGUCAUCUCUUAUUGUUUUUCUGCGGUAGUCUUGCCUCUGCCCAGAUUCCACAGCCUCCUCACAAAUUUCAGCUUCACUUGGUUUUCAUGUUCCUGGUUCAGUUGAAGGUCAGAUUCUACAGAGUGAGGGACCACCUUUCCCAACAUGUGCUUCUGUGAGCCAGACCCUGCUCCUUUGUAUUUUCAUUGCAUAUCAGCCACGUGGAGCUGGGCCUUAAUUGUCAUGGCCACAGGGCUGUGGAAUCUGUCCUUGAUGCGGGUUUAGAACUGUUCUUCUGGAAAGGGUUUAAAAUCCACUUAUUCUGGAGUUCAUUUGGUUGACUUGGUGGUAGCCUUUUCUAAUUUGACAGUUAUUGACUGCUAGAUUGCUGUUUUUCUGUGAGCCUCCUCACGGUGUGAAGAACUGAUUCCUUAAGCCAGGAAUGAGGAACCUGUGGCCUUUCAGAUGGUGCUGGACUUCUAACUCCCAUUGAUCCCAGCCAGCAUGGUCGGUGAUCAGGAAAGAUGGGAUUGAACAGCUUCUGAAGGACAACCGGUGAUGAACUGCUCAUAUGCAAGGCUUGCUUUCACACGCCAGAGGAGAUUAAAUGGAAGAUUCUACGUUUAAUAUUAAACCACAGUUGCCUGUUUUGACCAGACAUGGAGAACUCCCAUGGUUCAUAAACCAUGGUUUGAUCCUGGCUUGUUUGAACUAAGUAGACUUCAAACCAGAAUGCCCUGAAUUUGAUCUUGACAAGUAGCUGUGAUUAGUCAAUCAGAAAUGGAUGCCUCUGAUCUCUUCCUCCUGAUAUGUGAUCUUCAGCUUGCACACAGGAUCCAAACCAGCCAUAUUGUCUUUUUCCUUGACUAAUACCAGUCAGUGAAAGCAAUAAUUCAUAAACAUCAUUAUACAGUUAGCUGGGUAUAAAAUUAAUCUACAAAAAUCUGUGGUACCAGCCUAAACAGAGUUUAGGAAUUCUUGGACUAGCAAGUUGAGAAACUAGGACUAGUUUCUGUGACAAGAAAAAUCAGUAGGUUGUUUGGACUGGUGGCACUAGGCUAUCUGUCUUGCAAUAAUACUAAUCUAAGUAAAAACUUUCCCCCCCUUCAGUUAGCAAAAUGGACUCAAAUUUAAAAUGCUGACAUGCUUUAAAAUGUACAUUUCUAGGUAGAAUAAACGUGAUCAAGAUAUCUGUUCCCCCACAAUUCAUUUUCUUAUUUUGUAAUGUACCAUUAAGGUGGUUGAGUAGCCGAAUAAACGCAACAGAUUUAUUUGUGCUGCCAAAAAAAUCUAAUUUCAAAAUCGUACAAGACUCUUGGGGGGGGGGGGGAGAGGAUGAUUUAUGCCAGACACUAGAAACUUCAUACUAAUCCUCUGAAGUAAGAUUGUUCGGAAACAGUCUGAAAUGCUGUUUUGUUAGUAAAAUUAGCUGUCAGCUGCAAGUCCCAGGAUGCAUUUAUUUCAGCUAUUGAAAUAUAGCAUCAAGCAGUAUCUUGGAUGAAAAAUAAUUUUUGUUUCUUGUGGUGGUAAGCCUGAAUAGUUUCAUCCUGUGUAACUGCCUAUGUCUUGCCUUUAUACUUGAUCAUGUUUUUAGCUUAACUGUCUGUAGCCUUUAGUUAUUUUCCUUUUUUUCUGAUUACUACUUCGAUCAUUUCCUGCAUGGUGACAUGCUUUGAGUAUCUCAUCAAUAUGUGAUGUGGUGGACUCAAUUCUUAGCAAUAAAGAUCCCUCCUGAGUGGUCUAGUCACUAUAGGCAUAGCCAUGCAGGCACCACACACACAAAAAAACUUGUUCACAACCAGCCUUUCCCCCCUUGUGGUUAUAGAAUAGAAUUACCGAUUUGGAAGGGACCCUAAGGGGUCAUCUAAUCCAACUCCCUGCAGGGUGGCCAUCUUUGUUUAGGGAAGAGGCUCAACCUGGGCAUGUGAACAGAGGCUCUGAGCAUGGGCUUCCUUGUAGUUACUGCUGUUGCUGGAAAAUGUACUGAGGUUUUAAAACUGUGUAAGCUGAUAAAUACACAAUGGGUUUUUAUCAAAACAGGAAGGGCAAGGCCUCUGCUAUUCCCUCGAAUUUUUGGACUCGGUUAAAGGGGCAAAAAACAAGAACUCUGAAGGUAUGUUAUACCUGGCAGAAAUGAAUGGAAGAAGCCAGAUUUGUCUCAAAUGGUGAAUUCUUUAAGCUGCUACAUCUCAAACAUUUUGCACCGAACCCGUCUGAAAUGUGGGCAGCGUGCGGCACUUAACACACCAAUAACCCUCUCCGCCAAAUUUCAGACAGUUGGGACAAAUCUUACAGGUUUUAUUAACAUAAUAAUGUCCAGGCUUUAGAAUGGUCGGAUGCGAUUUGAUCUAUCCAGCAUUACUGUCUUGUGCCUGUAGAAAUGUGAUCCUUCCCUUGUGACGUGGAAUAAUUUGGGAGGACUAAAUGGCCCGUAUGGACUGUGAUAACUUCAGAAUCGUCCUGUUUUAUUUGUUGCACUUAAAUUCUUCCUUUUCUCCAGUGAGCUUAAAGCAACAUAUGUGAUUUUAUCCUCCUAAGAAUUCUGCAGGUAGGCUGGGCUAAGAGAGAGUGACAGUCACAGCUGACUGAGGAUUUGAACCUGGGUCUCCCUAGUCCAAGACAUAUGGGCACAUUUAACUAUUAGUAGUACAGCAAUAUGGCACACUUAUUUCACAUUUUUUCCACUGGAGGGCAGGCUUUCUCUUGUUGCCUGGUCCCUAGAGUGCCAUUUUUCAAUUAAGAUUGGGACAUUUUGUUUCUAAAUAUCAUAAAUCCACUUGAUGUUUGUGCUUUCCAGUUCCCUGUCCCUAUGUUAGAAUCUGGAGCAUAUGAAAUCAACCACUUACCUUGCUCAGAAGCGUGAGAAAUUAUGAAUAUAAAUUAUUCAGUGUAUACUGCUGCUGGAAUUUUGAUGUGUGAAAUUAAGUACAUCACACUGGGAGACAUCAGUGGAUAUGGUGUAUGGUAAUAUUCGGUGUAUUUAGCAGCUUUGUUUAUGUUGAUAAUAGGGUACAGUUAACAAUUAUGCCUGUUACAAGUUCUUACAAAUUACGUGGAUGCAUGGAGCAAAAAAGUUGGAUGGAAAUGAUGCCAAAACUUGAAUGCAUUAUUUGGGGGCAGAAGAGAGAUUAUGGUUUCCUGGCAUAUUAUAAACAGUCUACUUAUGCUAUUUACUGUCCCUUAAAAAAUAUAUUUAGGAGACUGAUGAACUCUUAGUCACCUUUUAACUGUUCCACUUUACUUUCUCUUUCAACUUGGCAUUCUGAAAAUUCUGAUCUCAAAGUGCCAUCAAACACGCAAAUUUCUCUUCCUGCUUCUGGGCUUCGUAGCAUGUCUGCUGGACAUGAUACCUAGUAUGCUUGCGAGAUUGAAUAAUUUGGGAGAACUAGCUGGCCAAUAUAGGCUGGACUGCUUCAGAAUUUGGUCUACCUUCCUAUGAUAUCUCAGGAAUUAAGUCCCUUGCUCCUCAGCUGUGUGAACUUUCCCCAGGACCUUUGUUCCGUUUUGCAGGCACUUCUUUGGUCAUGCCACCAUCUGAUAUGGUGGGCAGGUACCCUGGCAGAAGGCGGCCUUUUCAGUUGUGGCCCCAAGACUUUCAUGACCCACUGGGUUUUUAAUGGAAAGGAGAUGUGGAACUGUGUGCCAUCUGUGUUAUGAUGACAGGAAAUUCCAAAACUCUGGAUGAUGUCCUCCCAGCGAUUUCACGUAGAUGUUAAAGACCACAAAUGGGUGUGAGGAACACCCAGUGGGGAAGAUGGAACCAGAGUCAGAACUGGCACAGGAGCUGAGCCAGGGAGCGCAGGAGAUUAAUGAUCUUGGAAGGGAGCUGUUAACCCAGCAAAUGUCCAGAAAAGACAUAGAGACUGCCAGCUCCAUCUCUACUGUGUCACUGCUUGCAAUGGCAUCUUUUUCCUCCUCCCACAUAGACCCUUCUAAAUAGAGCCCUGGUGAUAGAGCUUUCUUGGCAACCAGAUUAAUGUUCCUAUGGUGACUUUGGGGCUUCCCAUUAGCUCUACUGCCACCUUCGCUCCUGAGGGCUAAGUUUGGUGUUGGAGAAAUUGGUGCUUAAGGCUGGAAUUAAAAUGGGGAGACAGAUGAGGUAUCUCUUAGGCUGCCCUUGAACUACUGUGGGUUCCUCCUGGUCUUCAGCUUGAGUAAGGUCAUCUGCCUCUUCCUCUGCAGAGGUUUCUAGGAUGCGUGUUAGAUGGGAUCCUGCUACUAGGGGAUAGAAUAAAACUAUGUGGGGCAGGCCCAGGAGGGCCUGUAGCACCACUUCCAGGAAGUGCCCACCAUUCAUCAGUUCCUUUCAGCCACAUCCUAGAAAGGCACUUCUGGAGAUAUUAUUGCCAGUGAUAUUGAAAGUUGCAGAGGUCCAUCAAAAUACUAUUUAUAUGCCACCCAUCUGACUGGGUUGCCUCAGCCACUCUGGGCGGCUUCCAACAAUUAUAAAACUGUGGUGAGACAUCAAACAUUAAAAAAGUUCCCAGUACAGGGCUGACUGCAUAUGUCUUAUAAAAGUCAGAUCGUUGUUUAUUUCCUUGACAUCUCAUGGAAGGGCAUUGAGCUCCUAGUCCACCAAAUGUUUUAUUAUGCUUCUAUAUUUGUUGGAAGCUGCUCAGAGUGGCUGGGGCAACCCAGUCUGAUGGAUGGGGUACAGAUAAUAAAAUUAUUAGUAUUAUUAAAUGUUCCUGGACUCUAACUCCCAUCAGGCUCAGGCAGGGGGUAAUGGGAGAGGUAGUCUUUUUUUCCUGUAAACAGUUUUGAAGUGUGUGUUUGUUUUAUGAUCAAGGGGCAUAUAAAUUUCAUGAAAUAAAUAAAUAUCCAGCAACAUCUGGAAGGCUGCCAGUCCCUCAUUCCUGAUCUAAUCACAAUCGUCCAAAACUACCUUGAGAUGUCACUGUGUGCUCAAGCACUGCGUAAAAACACUACCAUGUUGUAACCAGUUGCAAAGAUGACAAUAACGUUUUCUUCUUCUUUUUUGCAGGCCAGUAAUGGGCAGUGGUACCAGAUGAAUGACUCCACCGUCUCAAACAGUGACAUCAGGACUGUAUUGAAUCAACAAGCCUACGUACUUUUUUAUAUCAGGUAUAUGCAAGUUGAUUUCCCUUGCGCUGUGCCUGCAUCAUUGUUAGUUAUGUCUAAAGCCUUUUGGGUUUUGAGAAAUCAUUCCUAAUUCAAGGGCUGAAAUUGGGGCAGGCAGAAAGAAGGUCUAUCUACUGGUAAAAAUCUGGGUGGUUUGCCAUAGAUCGGCAAGGGUUUCCAACUACCAAAGAUUGUAGCAACAGCAGGAGCAAGCAAAAAUGUGCUGGUUUUUUAAAAAUGUGCUGGUUUCUCCUGCCUUACUUGUCUCUGAAACACAUGUGCUAACUGCUGUCUUUCUCACCAAGCCUUCCUGUAACUCUGUUGGCCAGUGUUAGUACAUCUGGUUCAACCACUUUAAAGACCACAACUGUGUACUUGGCUCCAGUUGGUAGACAUUGGGUUUCUAGUUAAAAAAGGAAGAUUUCCACAAAGUUGAAGUUUACCCACUCUUGGCUUAACUUAAAGCCUGUUAAGCCAGACAGUUCUAGUCACUGGAUACAAAUACCCUUCUGCACUCACUGACUCUUCGGCAUCUGGCACACGGAUUUUGGGGGAGCUGGUUCAAGCAGAGACACAAACCGACCAGCAUUUGCUGUUUAGCCAGUUGGGUAACCUAAAUUGGCUGACAUCCCUCCUCAGUCAUUAUGGGGUGUUGCCUUGCAAGGAGUGAAAGCUGUCUUGCAAAUACGUCAAAAGCAUGUUAUCUGUCUUCCCUUUUCUAUUCUUUGGGCAACUUGUGUAGCAAGUCUGCUAUGGUGUUCUGGCAGCUGCUGCUAGCCAUAGCAGUGUGGUAUAGUGGUUAGAACGUUCAACUACGACUGAAAGCAUGAGAGACAAAUAAGUCAUAGGAGCCCUAGGGAGAAUUUCAUGGUAGAAAUAGGUUUGUGCAAAGAAAGAAAGAAAGAAAUUUAGUCAACAAAUGUGGAUCAAUAUGUCUUUUAUUUGUUAGGUCCCAUGACAUGAAAAAUGGCGGCGAACACAUUCAUUCCGUUCACACUCCUGGGCAGUCUUCUCCUCGACCUGUUAUCAAUCAGCGGGUAGUCAAUAAGCAGACUGCGCCAGGGUUUAUUGGACCACAACUGCCCCCUCACAUGAUUAAGGUACUUCUCUCUUCUGAAGCCAAUGGCAUAAAGGUAGCAAGUUAGGCAGCAAGGGUUUACUGAAAUCUUGUAGCUCUAAAAGUUACUGUAACUUCUCUGUGCCUCUUUUUGCAAUGCAGGUGAAACACCUGGUAAGUAAAUGUUGCAACAUUUACAGAAAUUUUGCUCUCAAACAAGUACAGUCAUACCUCUGCUCCCGAACACCUUGAGAGUCGAAGUUCCGGCUCCUGAACGAUCGAAAACCGGAACUGAGUGUUCUGGUUUUCGAACGUUCUUUUGGAACCCGAACUUCCUGCAGCCACUCAGAAGCUGCGCUUUGGAAGUUGAACAUUUUGAAAGUCGAACGAACUUCCAGAACGGAUUCUGUUCGACUUCCGAGGUACGACUGUAGUGGAAAUCUGGGUUUUUGAUGCAACAAAUUAUGUACAUUUGUUGCUCUAAUGCAGGGGUAGGGGAUCUAUUUCAGUCUGAGGGCCGCACUCCUUUCUGGGCAGCCUUCCAAGUGCCACAUACCAGUGGGUGGAGCCAGAUAUGAAAGUGGGUGGAGCAACAAAUGUAAAAUUUGCCUUUCUGCUGUAAGCUAGUUUCUACAUAGGCUUCGCUUUCUCAGAGGAUUUAUUUUUCAUCAUUGUAGAAUUCGAAUCAUUUGAAUGGAACGGCAUCCCUGAAAGAAACUCCCAGCGGUUCUGUGGCAAUCGCUAGUAACGUCACCCUCACCAGGCCAUCUUCUGCUCCUCCGGCCAUGUCUAUCCCAAACUGGACGAUGAACAGGCCUACCGCUGCCGCCACUCCCGACCCUUCCAAGAAGCAAAAAAUAACCAUCAGUAUUCACAACAAGCUGUCCGCUCGCCAAAGUGUCUCUCACGCCAGCUGUACCUUGGACAACCCCAGCAAGCCUGCCCCGUCCUCGACCAUUUCCAGCCCUGCUGCUGUGCAAUCUACCUCAAGCGCACCGGCCGUCUCGGCUCCUAGCCAAGUCCCCAAGCAAAUGCCUCCGAGCGAACCUUGCUCCAAGUUGGUAGUGAAUGGCAAGUCCAAGCUGAACCCCAGCACGUUGGUCCCUUACGGGGCAGAAUCUUCUGAAGACUCCGACGAGGAGUCCAAAGGACUGGUGAAAGAGAACGGCCACACUGCACCCCUCAACGGCAUUCUAGCUGAAAAUGCAGCCAGCGCAUUGGAGGGCUCUUGUUGUCACAACGCUGAGAAGGAGGCUCCGCAGCACGAAGCGCCGAAAAACAUUACCGUUCUUGUUUCCAUUAGUAUAAAUGAUACCCCUAAACAAAACGGACAGAUAUGCAACGAUUCCACUAGCCAAGCAAAGCCUGCUAAAUCAGCCGAAAACCCGUUCUCCAAAGCAAAUGGGUUGCCUGGGAAAGUGAGUAUUUUUCCGCUCCAGCUUCUGUGGCUCAGUGCAGGUGUGAUGCCAGCUCCCUUCAAACCAUGGCUUGCAAAGUCUGUGGUCUAGGGUGUGGUCUUGAAGUCCCAUGAUGCAACAGUGUUGUUGGAGCUAGGAGGGUCUGAGUAUAGUUGGGGCCUGGAUGAGAGACUGCCUGGGAAUCCUGUGCACACAGCUUUGUGUUCUAUGGAAGGAAGGCUGGAUACAAAUAAACUUGAAGCUGUUGAUAGCAAGUCCCAUGCUCCUUUCCUUCUGCACUGUGGCAUGAAUUCUUUCUCCCCUCUCCCUUUGUAGAUCUUACCUGUGCUUUGGCAUUCCAUGAUGCUAACAGUGGCGGCUAGCGCUAAUCAGUUUCCCUCUUAACCGGGGUUUGUAAAUCCACUUCAUAUUUCAGCUGGGAUGGGAGUCCUGGUGCAGCCUUAACUAUGGUUGGCGCUGGUGUAGACAACCACGGCUAAUCUAGGAAGGGCAGAGGUUAUCCAUCCUUGCUGGGGAGUGAGCAUUUCUGGGGCAGCUUCCCAGAUUCCAAACCACCAUUCCAUCUGCAUCAACUUGUGGCUUAUCAGCAUGGCUGUGGGGAUACCCCACACAUCUGCCAUUGCAUUACGGCAGCCUUCCACAACCUGGUACAACUCCCAUCAGACACAGCUACCAUGGCCAGAAUUUAGGGAUGACUGAGUUGUAGUCCAAAACGUCCCACAAGUGAAGUUAUUGAUGGAAGCCAAUAUAGGCAGAGUUGGUUGGGUUGUGUAAUUCAUCUAGAUGUAAAUCAAAACAUCUGGAGGGAUGGCAAAAGCUGAUGUCAUUUACUCGUACUGCAGAAUUUGGCUUGGAUGAAGAAUUUUGCUUCUUAUUCAGGGAGCGCCAAAACAGCUUCAGUGAAGUUUGGAGGCACCACAUUAGCAACCCCCUAGCAAUACCAAGCUGUGCAGACCAGGGGUCUGACUCUGUAUAAGGCAGCUACUUAAAACUCCUUUUGCCUUUUCUAGUUGGUGUUUAUUGAGCAUGGUACUUGGUGGGAGCCAGUCUUAGCUAAUACGUCUCUUACCCAUGUGAGGAAGGAAGGCAAUUUGUUUCUCAGAAGCACUUAAAGUAGUUGUUGUCCCUAUUGGUUGAUACUGCAUGUUAACCUUAUUUGUUUUCAAUAAUAGGGUGUGCCUACAGCUUUGCCCCCAGUCCCUGAAGACAGGAUCUUAGACUCUUUCAGAUACAAUCAACUGAAAACCUCAUCGGGGGAAAUAAGGUAAAACACAUGUGCUUUUUCCAGUACGCUUUCCUUCAGACGCGUGUGUUUUCACACAGUAUAUUGCCGAUGCCUAAUUCUGUAGGAUCUGCAGCCAUUUGUUUGGAAAUAAGUGCAGGGUUUGUGGAAAUCAGAGCUUAAUCUUUGGGCUGUGCCUUCGCUCCAACAACAUCUGGUGUUGUGCACCUUAUGCUAAUAUACUCCAGAAAGUAGUUCUAUAUAAUUGUCCUGAAAUCGGUCUAAACAGGAUCUCUCGAGAUUUCUAAAGCUUGGGCAACAUUGAGCAUUUAAAGCAGGGAUGGGGACCUUUGUCUUUCCAGAUGUUCAUGGACUUCAACUCUUAUCAGGCGCAGCCAAUAAUGGGCAUUGCAGUCCAGCAACAUCUGGAAGUCCACAUUCCUGAUGUAAAUUAGUGACCCAAAGACUUCAUUUAAAGACAGAGUGUAUUCCGUGGCUAAAUAGAAUUGUAAGAGCUAUGGUAGAACAAACUCCUUCUUGAUUGUGGCAAGCUACCAUCUUCUUUCAUUCCCUUAAAAGAACACAAGUCUUUGGAGCAUUUAUACCUUGUGGGAUUUAAUGUUCUAUCAACAGUGGUGCUCCAAGGAAGAUUUCUGAAAAUUCUGCUUCGGUGUAAGAUUGGCCCAGUCAGUUAGCGCAUCACAGUAAACUUAUGGGGGUGGGGGGAGUUAAAUGCAGAGUUUAUUGGUUUUUCGAAAACAGCAUUGUAACAAUACGUAGAGCAAACAUGAAUAAUAAAGGAAAAUGAAAACAUAGAAGCAAAGCAUGUAAGUUCAUAAUAUCAUCAGAAAAUUAGACCUGAACCAUAGUUAAUAGUUUUACCAUGUUUGCACCUUUCUUGUUUGUUUUGAGGCUUCCAUUUGUGCUGUAAGAAAACAACCCAACCCCCUGGGUUAACAUAAUGUCCAAAGCAGAGAUUGUGUUUGUUCCACUCCCAAUAAAUGAUGAUCGGUAAGCCAAGAGAAAAAAAAAUAUUUGCUACGUAUUGUGGUUUGUUGAGGCAAAAUAAACCAUGAUCCCUGGUUUAGACAUAACACUAAGGUAGGGAUCACAGUUAGACAUUACCUGUGGUUUACUGUGACACGUGAAUGAAGUUUCUGUGUCCACGCAAUUCCUAAAACCAUCUGGGUACAUGUACUUUAUAUUGUGACUUUUAUUCUGCUUUGAGAGAAGUGUUUUCCGGAAGCUGAAAAAGUGUGAAGGUAUAUGUAAUGUUUGCUAUAUAUUUGUUUUUCUGGUCAGUGGCAUCUCUCUCUUUCUCAUGUGCAGUGGUAGUGGAACAGAAAAAACAGAUGGCCCUUCUGAAGAGGGAGCCAGUACUCUUCCUAACAACAUCCAGAAUCAUUUGGCCCCUUCAGACCCUGAAAUCACCUCUACGACGGAAGACUCCUGUGAAAGGACUGUUGCCGAAACAGAGAGCACGCCUCUUGAGAGUGACGGGCAGCACGACCCUAAAUCCAGUUCGUUGGGAGCAGAGGAAGACUUCCCUAGGGAAGGUGAUGUGGAGGACCAUCCUGAAAAGAUGAGGGGACCAAAAGAAGGGAAAGCAGCUUGGGAAAAGAGCCCCGAGCCUGUCAGGGGAGCAGCAGAAAAGGGGGUGCACAGCCCCCUCCUUACAAGGUCCGACGGUGAAUGUAGUUCUCCAAAGCUUGCCACUGUAGACGUGGCAGAAAAAUGCCAAGAAACACAAGACAGUGCGGAACGCUACGAGGAUGUCCCGCCUCCUGAUGAACCUUCCGUUACAAGGCUGGACCCCGUUGGAGGAAGCCAGUGUUCGAAGGACGACGGCAGAUUGGGAGAGAGCAGCAGCAAACAGUUCAUAGGAAAUACAGAAAGGCAUGAGUUGAAAUCCCAUUCGCCCCUUAAGGAAAAAAUAUCCACCUCAAAAAAAAUAGACAAAGAGCACUACCGUUCCAAAAGGAAGCGCUCUGAAAGCGAGGAGGAGGAAGAGGAGGAGGCAGCAGUAGCCCCCCGGGGCCAGCCAGAAGGGCACUACCCCAAGAAGUGGUGCUCCUACAGCAGGGAGAGGGCCAAGCAGGAGCACUACCGGCGAGAAUACUACAAUGCAAACUAUUACAGAUUCCCAUGCAGCCCUGAUCCUGAGAGGGGCAUGGGGAAAUAUCCCUCUUACAGAUCUCGCAGCAGAGGUAAAACGGACCCUGAACGGAGCAGGCAUUGCUACGGGAAAGGGGAGCAGUCGUGGAGCAAGGAGCGGUAUUACCAAGAUGGCCCGAGGAGAUGGGAGAGCUGCAGGCCUUACAGCUACUACUAUUCUUCCCACGGCCCCAGGUACAAUCAGGAUAGGAAAUUCACUCACUGCGAGAGAGACUAUAGCAAAUCAAGUCAUGUUUACAGUAGCCCGUAUAAAUACGAUCAUUAUAAAAGCAGGUGGACUCACGACCAGGAAAGGAAGAGGAGGUGCCAGAGCCCCGAGGGGAGCAAGACCCCCCCGGAAAAGAGGCACCGUAAGCUCUCACAGAGUGAGUCUCUUGAGGAACAAAGAGGGCGGAAGCACAAGAAGUCGAAGAAGAAGAAGAAGUUGAAAAGCAAACACAGAGAGAGAGAUUCCAGGUUAGUGCAAAGUUGGUGGGGGUGGGGGGAAGCCAAUGGCAGGAGCCCAGGGCUAUUCCCAAAUAAGUUCUACUUGGAGUUGGCCAGCUGAAAUUAAUGACCCACCAUUAGCCAUGUCUGCUAAUUUCUGUGGAUCUACUCCUUUAUUUAUUUUAGAGCAUUUGUAGUCCUCUUCAGCCAAGAAGGCUCCUAGUGUGGCUUACCUAGCAAGACAGUCCCUCCCCACAGGUUUGCAAUCUGGAAAGCACACAAGAGAGGGGGUGGAAUCAAACUCAGGCACCAGUUCUUAAACAGUGCUUACAAUGACCGGCUGGCACAUUCCAGUGGUAGGAGGUGCUGAUCUUUCCUGUCUCUCCCAUGGAGGCAGUCUAAUGGGGAGGAGGCCUAAGGGAGAUGGAGUCUUCCUCUUAAGUACAACUAGCGUUGGGUACACACCCAACUUUUGUGAAGCUUUAUGGUCUUCCCCUGACAGUUGCUUAUGACCCUGGAAUGGGAUAGUCGGGAAUUGACUUGCCGCUUCUCGAACUAGCUGGUACCUCUGCAAUGUGGUGGUUUCUGCAGUGCACCGGCAUUUAUUUUUUAAUUAUUUUUAAUUCUACUAUUUUUCACUUGGAAGGGGCCAUAGCUUCCUUUGCACGUUCAAUCCCCAACAUCUCCAGUUGAAAUGGGUCAGGAAGUGCCAGCUAUGGGAAAUAGCUCGCUCUCUCUCUCGCUCGCUUUCUGCCUGUUAUCCCGGAGAAGCAGUUCUAGUCAGUGUAUACAAUACUGAGCUAGAUGGAGCCAGUGGUACAACUUCGUUGGUGUAUGGAAGCGUCCUAUGUUUCAUUCAUAAACACUUUCUGUUUAAAAUCCACUAAUAAAAUAAAUGAAGUUAAUCUCAGGUCCAGAGUGUAUUAGUAGAUCAGCUGCCAAAGGCAGGUUUGAAGAGGAAAAGCUUAAGCUGGCUGUGGCAUGAAAGCAAGAAGGGGGCCUUUUGUGCUUCCCAUGGGAGGGGAGAUAAAACUAAGCUCUAGGGCCACAGCAGGAAAGGUCCUGCUUCUUGAAAUGAAAUCAUCCACAGGAUCUUUAAAGGUAAAGGGACCCCCUGACCAUUAGGUCAGUCGUGACCGACUCUGGGAUUGCGGCGCUCAUCUCUCUUUAUUGGCCGAGGGAGCCGGCGUACAGCAUGACUAAACCACUUCUGGCGAACCAGAGCAGCACACGGAAAUGCCGUUUACCUUCCCGCCGGAGCAGUACCUAUUUAUCUACUUACACUUUGACGUGCUUUCAAACUGCUAGGUUGGCAGGAGCAGGGACCGAACAACAGGAGCUCACCCUGUCGCGGGGAUUCAUAGAAUCAUAGAAUCAUAGAGUUGGAAGAGACCACAAGGGCCAUCGAGUCCAACCCCCUGCCAAGCAGGAAACACCAUCAGAGCACUCCUGACAUAUGGUUGUCAAGCCUCUGCUUAAAGACCUCCAAAGAAGGAGACUCCACCACACUCCUUGGCAGCAAAUUCCACUGUUGAACAGCUCUUACUGUCAGGAAGUUCUUCCUAAUGUUUAGGUGGAAUCUUCUUUCUUGUAGUUUGGAUCCAUUGCUCCGUGUCCGCUUCUCUGGAUUCGAACCGCCGACCUUCUGAUCGGCAAGCCCUAGGCUCUGUGGUUUAACCCACAGCGCCACCCACAUCCCUACAGGAUCUUUAGCAGACCUUAAAUUGCGGUGGGGGGAGAAGGUUAAUUUAGUACACUAUGCUCCAAUGUGCAGCUCAAGGGCCACAUGCGACCCUCGGCAACAUUUGACAAUGCUCCCAGCCCUUAUGGGUAAGCGAGGCCCUGGGCUUUGGGGAGGAGGCAUGAGGGCUCUGGCAGGGUCCUAGAGUCCUCCCACCUCCUUCCCAAAGCCUAGUUAGCGCUUUCCCUGCUUCAGGAAGGUGGUGUAAGGUCUCUACAACCCUGCCAGAGCCUCACGCCUCUUUCCCAAAGCCCACACCUCACUUAGCCAACUUUGGAAAGGCAGUGCAAAAACUCGUGGGCCUCAAAUUUUGGCCUUGCUCCCUGCCCCGCAUGAGAAGGCAGUGUGUGACCCACAGGUUCCAUGUUGAAAUACUCUUGCAACCCACUUGGUAUGAAAAGCUGGGCCGCACUGAUUUAGUGCUUUAUUAGGAAAGUGACUAGAACUUUGUGGUGCUAGUGAAUUACACUGAGGAUCGAGUAGGAAGUUUCACGUAAGCCAUUAUUUAUUUACUUAAUAAACAACUCUUCAUCUGAAGAUCACAGGGCAGUUUACAACAUAAGAACACAAAGCGCAUAACAUCAUCAUAAUAACAACAACAAACCCCCAGUAGAAUAACUUUGGUGACCUUGGGCUUGACAGUUGUUUCUCAACCCCAGUCCCCCAACUAGAAAAUGGGAAUAAUCAUACUCUUCUUCCUCAGGGUGGGAGAACAAAAGCAAUAAAGAUCAUAUAGCGUGUCUUUGAUCCCAAGGCAGCAAACAACAAGCAGGUCAUGUUCCUCAUAGCAGAUUGAGCUGUGUGUGAGCUGUGACCAUGAGCCUCCAUGGAGGGAAUGCCCUCUCCUCUAGGUGAACAGCAGCAAAGGAAGCUGCCUUAUCCCCAGUCAGACCAUUGGUUCAUCUAGCUCAGUAUCAUCACAACUGAGUGACAAUGGCUCCUCAGAGUUUCAGACAAGGGCCUCUCUGUGCCCAGCCUUGAGGUGUCAGGGAUGGAAGCUGGGACCUUCUGCAUUCAAAGCAGUGCCCUACCACUAAGUCAUGGCCCUUCCCUAAGUUUCCUUGCCCAGCCACUAACUUGGAUGUCUUUAAAGGAGGAUUAGACUACUUGGUAGACCACUGGUCAUCUUGCAUUCUUAAGGUUGGCUCCCUUUCCACAUUACCUAGUGAAAUGUAAAAAAGGUAAAGGUAAAGGUACCCCUGCCCGUUCGGGCCAGUCUUGCCAGACUCUAGGGUUGUGCACUCAUCUCACUCUAUAGGCCGGGAGCCAGCGCUGUCCGCAGACACUUCCGGGUCACGUGGCCAGCGUGACAAGCUGCAUCUGGCGAGCCAGCGCAGCACACAGAAUGCCGUUUACCUUCCCGCUGGUAAGCGGUCCCUAUUUAUCUACUUGCACCCGGGGGUGCUUUCGAACUGCUAGGUUGGCAGGCGCUGGGACCGAACGACGGGAGCGCACCCCGCCGCGGGGAUUCGAACCACCGACCAUGCGAUCAGCAAGUCCUAGGUGCUGAGGCUUUAACCCACAGCGCCACCCGCGUCCCUAGUGAAAUGUAGGGAGGCUCAAAACCCAGUCAGAGCAGAAACUCUGAAAUCACUCUGUCAUUAUGAACUGGGUAGGAAUAAUGUCUGUGUUCAUUUGCGUGCGCGCGCACACACACACACCCUGGGAUAAGUGGGAGGAGUGACCCACUCAGGACACUUUCCUCUUGGCUGAAGAACCUGUUGCCUUCCAGGAGCUUGCAUUGCAGAUUUUCCUGUUAACUAGCUUCCGUUUCCUUCAGGUACCACCAGGAUUCAGACCCGUCUGUAUCCAGCUCUGAGGCCGAGACUCACAAGCAUAAACAUAAGAAGAAAAAGAAGAAGAAGAAGAAACGCACGAAGAAAGAAGAGCGCGCCGAAACGUCAGCUUCUCGUCUUCCCAAGCCAACCGGCUUGGAAACCAAGAAUCUCAAAGCAUGGGAAAUGACUGAGUCUUCUUCGGAUGCAUAUAGGAAACAGGGCAAGGGCCCCCAGGAUGGAGAGACUGUUUGCCAGAAAACCAAGAGCUUAGAAGGUAGCAACAGAGAGAGCUGCUGCCCACCUACAGAUCGUAACGUAGGUAAGAAGCUUGGAGGGGGAUUUCCAAGUGGUGUCUGGAGAGCAGCCUUCGCCUUCAUGGGGAGCUUCCAGUGGUUUUGGACAAGCACCCCCAGUGGGGUGACUGGAGCUGAUGAGAGUAGCCACCCAGAAUCCCUGGAGGAUCCCCACGCUGGCAGAAGUUGCUGUAAAGCAGCUCUCCCUCCCACUCCUGGGCAACCUCUGGAGUCCUCUUACUUUGUUUUAUUACAUUUCUAUCUCAUAUCCUCUCAAAGGAGCUCAAGAAACGGCAUGCACUGUUCCAUUUUAUCCUUAUGAGGAUCUGUGUGAAGGUAGGUCAGGCAGAGCUUUCCACUUGGAAAUGGCCAUCCUUGGUCCAGCCUUGUAGCCACUAUAUCACGCUGUCUGUGAGGUCACCUCAAGCAGGCAUUCCCACCCAUAAGGCUUAGUGAUCCUCCCUUUCGCUUUCAUAAACCUGGACAAUUCAUGGCAGCAGUUUGGGAACCCAGAAUCCUGCUAAGGCUGCUUUGUCUGCACUGCCUCAGAGCUCCCAGGCCAACCAUAGGACUGUCCCAACAUGUCAGCAGCUCCCCACCUUCUGUAUCUAAAUGGAAAAUGACUGCGUUCCUGACAAAUGAUUGCAUCAAGGUGCUGUUUAACCCAAGAUUCAAUCAACAGUGCAUGUUUCAUUAUGCUGCUAAUAACUUGAUGUAAUCCUAAGCUUCCUCAGGGGCUUCAAAAUAUCAUAGGAAUAUAGAAAGUUGCUUUAUACUGAGUCAGACUCAGUAUUGUCCACACUGUCUGGCAGCGCCUGUCCCUGGCUUCAGACUUGAGUCUUUUGCCAGCCAGGAACUGACCCUGGGACCUUCUGCAUCCAAAGCAGAUGCUGCACCACUGAGUUUGGUUAGCAUGGUUUAUUAGGGAUCAUUUAUAAAACCUGCAAAGUUUGCUAGGUGCUGUACAAAGAGUUAGAAAACGAAACAGUCCCUGUCCACAAGCUUGCAGGCCAAUGAAUAUGUCAUAAAAAGAGGGAAGGAAUGGGAAAACCAGCAAACUCGGGUACUAAUAUAAUUGUUCUUAUGAUGACCAGCUUGAACGGAGACAUUUCAGGGAGGGGUGGAGUCAAAUGGCAGCUGGUCUCUUAGCCAGACUGAUGGAGAGUGAUUGAUGGAGAGUGAUCCCAUUUCACUCUCUGCUGCUGAAGGCUCAAGGAAAGCAGGAAACAAUUUGAGGAUUAUUCAGUGCUGGAAUUUUCAGUGAUGCAGUUGUUACAGCUUGUGUGACACAGCACCACAAUUGUGCUGUGCCAUUAAGGAACUAGACAAAAGCUCAUAUCGGAUCUAGGCAUCCAAGAAUAACCUGGUUCUCUUCUCUUCUUUCAGAUCCAGAGUGUCUGCUGGAAGCCAUCCCUCCACAGCUCGCAGUAUAUUUAUAA